CCGGACGUGUCUCACAUUUUCGUGUGUCUCAUUUCGAAUUCCGCUUUUGAUCUGUUCGGUUGUGUGCCUCUGCGUGCGGCGUCGUUGUGAAAAAAAAGCCUAAUCAGAACAGUUUCGAAGAAGUACCAGAAUAGCCGAGAACCAUCACUCACUUUCCUUGAAAUCACAAAAUAUUAUCUUUUAUUCAUAUUUUUGAAAGAAUUCGAAGUGUCGCGAUUUGCUCCUUAAUUCCCAAAUCCUCUUUUGCCGGCGAAAAGAAAGAAACGGUAAACAACGCAGAGCAAAGCAAAAUGUGAAGAAUUGCCGAGCAUGGCGCCGCGUGUGUAGAAAGACGAAGACGAGAGGAGGGACGCACGGCAAGGGAGAGCGAAGAUAAACAAUAGAAAUACACACAAUUUUUGAUACUUAACGUUCUAAUUAAAAAAAAAAAAAAAAACUAAAAACUAAAAACUAAAAAUAAAAAAUAAAAAACUACAAUAACAUAAAACUCAGCUCAGGUACAAAAAAAAAAAAGAAAAACAAAAAGAAAUUUUUUAAAAACUACGGCAAAAAUAGACUGCAAACUAAAAACUAAACAACGGGAAUUUUUUUACAAGUAUUUUUGAUACCCACUAAGGUGUACCAAAUUUUUUAACCCACGGAAAUUUUUUAACUAAAAAAAAAGCAAUAACAAGAAAAGCAAUUUCUCCAAGGCAGUUAAAAAAUAAAUCUCUAAAAAAUAAUCAUUUACAAGAAAGCUAAAGAAAAACCAGAACAAUUUACAAAAAAACUUUUCGAAAAUAUUACAAUUUUUUAAAAAGAAAUCUGGAAGAAUUCUUCACUGGAAGAAUUCUACAAAUCAAGCCAUUAUAGACCAUAAAUUAAAGAAAACAAAUUAAAAAUUAAACAUUUCGAGCAAUGCUUAUUCGAAAUAGCAACUGAUUCCACGAGGUUGUGUUCUUUUUGAGAUACAAGUUGAGAUCCAAAACCGAAAAUAAAUAAGAAUCCAAUUUAUGGCUCCGCGUCGCAACAAUAAUAUCAGCAGCAGCAGCAGCAGCGGAAACUCCACACAGCAGCAGCAGCAGCAUCACCAACAGCAGCAGCAGCUCCACUCGCGGCAGCAACAGUUGCGCCAACACUUGCAUCAGCAGCAGCAGCAGCAGCAGUCGGCGCAGCAGCAGGAACUUCAUCCGCAGCAGGAGUACAUGUCCUUGCUGAUGUCCACCCUGCUGGUCAACGGGGGUGGUGGUGGUGGUGGGGGCGUGGUUCGGUGCUGCCUGCCCAGCGGCGAGUGCCGGAAGAUCGACUCCCUGAUCCCCCUAACGGAGAUGUCCUUGACGGAGUGCGUCCGUGUCCUGUGCAACAACGAGAACUGCAAUGCCGGGCAGUUCAUGCACCGGGAGUGCUUCGAUGUGUGGGAGGCGGGUGUCCUGCAGACGCUGAAGGCUAGUGGCCGAGCCAGAUCCUGGUCGGAGCGGCAACGCGCCCAGCACCUGUGGACCAAGAAGGGCUACGAGUUGGUCCACAAGGCCUGCAGCUGCAAGUGUGGGCGUGGGCAGCUGCGCAAGGACCUCGACUGGGUGGCUCCGGAAAGGGUCUACCUGAACGGGAAUGGGAACGGGAAUCGGGGGGGCAACAACAUAAAUGGCAACAUCAGCGAGGACGAUGACAAAAAGAAGGCCAAGAAGAAGAGGAACCGCAACAACAACAACAAUCAAGGAUCACAGAAGACUCCUCUAAGCAAUAAUAACGGUAAUACUUAUGCAGGACUCACGCCGAAUCCCAAUGUGGGAGUGAUUGGAUCAGGACUCCCCCACAACAACAACAACAACACUAGCAACUCCAAUAACUCCUCGGAGAUCCUGCAACCGAGUGUGGUGGCCACUCUGAGCAACAUCCUGAAUCCGAACAAUGUCCUGGGCCUGGACUUGCGCGCUCGUGCCGGCAGUCUCUCGUCCAGUGGUGCCGGAAGUGGCUCCACUUCCCCCUCGGCUUACCAGUCCAGCGGAGAGAUCUCAGUGUCCCCCGUGCAGCAACUCUUGCAACAGCAGCCGCCGCAGCAGCAGCAGCAGCAACAGUCCCUGCUGAUGCAACCUCUUGGCCCGAUCUUCGAAAGCGAUGUGAUGUCGAAUGGGCUGGGACUAUCGAAGAAUCUACUGAUCGCCCCGCUGCCGCCCAACCUGCCCGCCCUGGCCAAUGUCAGCAACUUCAAGCCCCUGGCCAGCUACGAGCAGCAGCAGCUGGUGCAGCAGCAGAAGAACAAGGAGGUCGAACUCUAUUCCGAGCAAGUCCGCUCAACAUCUGGUUGCAAUGGGAUCUUCUCACGUCGCCUGGACUUUUCCUCGUUCAAUAUGCUGCCAAAGACGCGUUUAAAUUCUUAUCAAGUCAAGAUCGAGGACGAGGGCAACCAUGGCAAUGACGAGACACGCCUCUUCAUACUUUCCUCCCUGGCCCAGUCGCAGAUGAGCCGGGUGGCCUGCAUUUUGUGUGAGGAGCCGCUACUCGUUUUCGAUCGCUAUCCAUUGGUCGAUGGCUCCUUUUUCCUGAGUCCCAAGCAGCAUUCCAGCGGCUGCAUUGAGGUUAAAUACGAGGGACGCACUCUCUACUUGACCUGUGUUUGCAUGAGUUGCCUGGAUGGAACCUCCAGCAGUCGCGUCAUCAACUGCAGAUUCUGCAAAGAGCCAUGGGAUGGCUCCAGCCUGGUCUUGGGCACCAUGUAUGCUUAUGAUAUUUUUGCGGCCAUGCCCUGUUGCGCCGAAAGGUUCAAGUGCAAUAACUGCUUCAAAAUGCUGAUGCAUCCGCAGCAGCGUCUGAGCUUCUACAGUGAUUACUCGCACGGAGUAACCUGUCCCUACUGCAACACCCAGGACACUCAUUUCGUUAAGCCGCUGAGCUUCUGCUACGCCAAGAGCCCGGCGAACCGGCUGCCGACCCUCGCAUAACAUGAGGCCCCGUUGGAGUCGCCCGCUAACGGUACUGGUACCGCCAAUCCCACCCAGGGACAGGUGCCAGGCGCCCAGGGCACUCCAACGGCCUCAAAUGGUUCCAAUAGUUGCAACAGCAACGGCAGCUCGUCAGCGAUUUCCAAGCAACCGAAGCAAGCUCUGUACAAUGCCGCCAUCGAUUAUUCGGCACCCUUGCAGCAGGCGAUUAAUCCGGACUUGAUUGGAGCUCAUCCGCAUGCCCAGCAGCAUCAGCAGCAGGUGCGACAGCAACAACAGCAGCCGACACAGCAGCAGCAACAGCAACAACCACAGCAGCAGCAGCAGCAACCACAACAACAGCAGCAACCUGUGGUUUUCCAGAGAACCAUAAGCAGCAACUUUCAACAACAGCCGCUUAAAACCAUAAACAUGAUGACCAUGGCGGAUGUGAUGGGCAAGUAUCAACAGCAGCAGCAACAUCAGCAGCAACCGCAGCAGCAGCAUCAGUCGCAACAACAGCAGCAGCAACAGCAACCACGCCAUCAGCAACAGCAGCAUCCUGGCCAGCAGAAAGGACUAGAGAGCCUUUUAUUGACCAACAGCAACACAAACACAAACAUGAACAGCAGCAGCAGCAGCAGCAGUAUUAGUAACUUAAUCAUUAGCCAUAAUUCAGCAGCCAACGGCGGCAAUCAGGGCGGCAGCAAGCAGCAGAUGCAAACCAACUGGCUGGCCAACCAAACCGAUGCCAUCUCGGCCCUGUGGGGCUGCUCCAGCAGCAGCAGUGGCUGCUCCUCCGGCAGCGGAUCACAGCCAUCGCUGAGUCCCACGGCCAGUAGUCAUGGCAACGACAGUUCCAAAAUGAUGUUGUGGGCGGCCCAGAGCUCCCCGCAGGGAUUUAAGGAGUUGCAAGUGCAACAGUCACAUCAGCAACAUCAGCAGUUGCAGCCGCAGCAUGCCGCCUCGCCGACAGCCUCGCUGACCAGCACCAGCUCAUCCUCGAACGGAUGGAGUGCAGCCUCGAAUUACGGUAAGCUGCCGGGUAAUAUUUGGGAGCUGCCCGGAGCUGGUGUCGCUGGAUCUGGGCAAAGGAUGCCGGCCGGGCACGACAUCUUCACCGAUCUCCUGUGCAACCUGAGCAUCAGUCAUCAGGACAACAAUAGCCAACAGAGCAAGGCCAAUGCAGACGCCUCAUCGGACGUCAGUUCGAAUUCCUCCUCGUCGGCUGGCGAGCUACUCGAAGCGGCCAACAUCUGGGGGCGACCACUUUACGGAAAUAAUCUGUAUGCCGAGGAAGCCACCGGUGGAGCUGCAGCCUGUAUGCAGCUCUUCAACGACUAUCUCAACAUGAAUUAAGCGUAAAGAAAAAAAGGAUGUUUAAGGACCUGCAGCAUUUGUUACUCUAGCUAAAUUUUAAAAUCACAAACUAAAAACGAAAGAGAGUAAGCAGGGAAUUUGAUACCAAGCUGAUAUAUAUCCAGAGAAUGCUUGUAUUUAGAUUUAAAACCACCAUUUGAUUCUAAUUCAACAAAAAUAACACAAAAAACAGACUCACACACAACCACACACACAUAACCACACACACAUACACAUCUACACCGAGAAGAAAAAAACAAUGCAAACUAAAAAAAAAAUUUCUUGUUAUUUUGUUGAGUUUUUUUUUUUAGUUUUUUGUUUAAACAUCUUACCCAAACAAAAGCAAUUUUUAGUUUUUAUUUUAAAGAAAUUUUUUUUAUACAUUUUACCAAAAAAAAAAACAACAAAGUGAAACGUAAAAGCAAAAAAAAAGGGAAAAUAAGUAAAAUAAGGACUAAAGAAGGAGAGAUAAACAAAAAAAAAAAAAGGAAACGGAAACAUUUACAUCACGAAGAGGGAAAAUUUUAUUUAGCGAAAAUUGAAGGCAGGGCAUUAAAAUGUUUCAAAAAAAAGAAAUUAAAUCAUGAUAAUUGCUGUGCUGCUCAAUAAAAUAACACAAAACGAUGAUAAAAGUUAGGAGACGAAGGAGUAGAGUACACGAGUGUUACGAGGGAGAAUUUGAAACAUUUGCUACAAUUUAUGAAACGUAAAAUUACGAAAACCUAAAAAAAAAACCUAAAUUUAAACAAAACAUAAUCGAUAAGUUGCACAUCUUUACCUAAGCGAUUGGUAAUUAUUCCUAGUUUUAGUAAGCGAAACGAGAACCUCUAGAGCCGAUUAAGAUUCUCUCUUCAAACACCAAGUUCAGUGAGGUCCUUACAAAAAAUGCACAUUGCAACAGACCGACCAACCAACCAAACAACCAACCAUCCACCCACCCAACCACCCACUCGCCAAAUAGCAGCCAGGCGGCACAUGCAACAAGGUCCUUGAGUUACCCCAUUGAACCCCUUUUAAAAAUAUUGUAUUUCCGGAAGACUAACCCCACCCACGCCCCCUAUCACUCUCUCUCUCUCUAUCUCUCUAAAUUAUAAGUCCCCCUUAAAAUUUAAACAAAAAAUUACAAAAUAAAACAACUUUCGGCGCAGCGUGAUCAAUAAUUAGUAAGUGUAAGCAUAGGUUAUAACGAUCAUCUUUGUAUAUGUUUAGGGUUUCUUCUCUUUGGCGUAAAAUAGUAGAGCAGCCGUAUGUGAUGGAUCUCUAAAGGUAGAGUGACUGCCCCCACUGACUGCACCAUUCAUAUUCAUGCAACAGGUGGGGGCACGCACUGUCAAUAGGUUUAGUAGGCUUAAGGUCGAGUCUUUCGAAAUUUAACAAAAGGUUUGCAUGCAAACGUCCAACAAUUUAUAGAGCGGUUCAAUGAUUCCUGUUUUGAUUUUAUUCCGUGCUUAGAAAAGUCACCAUGGGCCCCACCCCUCACCUUCCCAGUAAUCUCUUUUUUUGCGUCCCUUCUCGAAAAUGUGAAAUUUCGAUCGAAUUGAAAUUAAAAACCCCUUCGGAUAUAAACCCUGUGAAUGUUUUUGAUAAAAUUGAAAAUUAAAACCAACUUGAUAUUGACCCCCAUCUGUGAAAGAAAAUCGUAUGAACAGCAUUAUCUGUGUUUGAUUUUUUCCACUUCCCAGAUUUAUUUCUCAACUCCCACAUUUUUUUUGAUUCUUUUUCAAAAUCUGUGAAAUUUUUAAUCAAAUUAAAACCCCCUCGAUAUGACACCCAGCUGUGACAGGAAGUUUAGGCAUCCUAAACGCUAAAAAGAAUUCCAAAAUCUGUGUUAGAUUUUCAUAUUCUUUUUCUUUUGAUUUCCCUUUCCUCAACUCUGUGAAAUUUUCAUGAAAUUGAAAGAAAACCCCCCUGAUAUGACCCCAAUCUGUGAGAAAAUGUUAGGCAGCCUACAUUUAAAAAUGGAUCAGCCAUAAACUGUGUUAGGUUAUACCUACCCCUCCGUUCGAUACGAACCCUAAAAAUUAUUAUCCCCUAAGUUUCGUCAAAUCAUCUGUGAAAAGAAUGUGUUUUAUUUUCCCCAAAGGAUUGUUUCAAAUCUGGAAGACAAAACACUCAAUUAAACCUUCACUGUGAGAGUGUUCGAAACGGACGAAAUUUUCUUGGAAAAUUAUAAAACAAACCCUCCCCCCCUAAAAUUGUGACUAGGCCAGGCCCAAAAAAUACCCAACCGUGAAUCCCUGUUAAAAACAAACAUUUUCUGAAAAUGUCUAAAAUUCGAUCCCCACACCAAAAUUGCCUCCAAAAAGAAGACAGCCAAACUGUGACUUCCCCCAAAAAAUUUCGAAAACACUGUGUUUGCGUUCGGUAGGAACAAAAUUUUGAGAAAAAUUUUAAAAACCCGAAAGCAUCUGUGAAUGCGAUUAUCUCUUUCAUUUCCGAAUUAUUAUUUAUUAACUUUCUCAAAAGUGUGAUAUUAAUUGGAUAUAAUUCUUUCCAUUUGCGAAUGUCCUUCGAUGCGUGGGAAUCGACAAAUAUCAUCUGUGAAGAGCUGACAGCGUGAUUAAACCCAUUCGAUUUCUGUGUUUCAAGCCAAUGCAUUGCAUGAAAUUUUUUUUGAAAAAAAUUCUAAACUUAUUCGAAUAUCUGUGAAUGCCCCGCCCUCUCUUAGAAGCCCGCCCCUUUGGUGACUUUUGGUGGGGAAUCUGCAUGAAAUACAAAGAAGAAUGGGUAUUAUGGUGGGAUAUUCCUGCGACUUGCAUGUGCCGACCUUUUUCCAAUACUGAAUUUUGAUCGCCUCCUUUUGGGCAUUUAGCAUUGCCGCCAUUUUACAUACCAAAUAUAUAAUUCACGUUAAUUUAACGACAUAAUUUUUCAGAAAGCAGGAAGGGACAACUGAGUGAUAGUAAAUUUUUUUGUAUACAAGCCUACAGUAACGAGAAUUCUUCGUUAUGCCUACUUAUAUAGAACUACCAUUAAGUUAUAUACCUAUAAAGCUCUAACUAACCUAUACCUAAAACCUAAAAACCUAAACCUAAAUUGAUAGCAACUAACAAGCGACAAGCGACAACUUUUGGCAUUUACUUGAGAGAAUUAUAUAUAAGUUUGGCACAGUUAUAUAUAAUUUUCGUCUAAAUUUAAGGUUUUAAUCUAACAUACAAAUUACGCGCAGAUCGGAGAAGGAGAGGAAGCGAACUUAUUUAUAGGUAACACAAGCCCCCAAAAUCACACAACAAACAUGACACAAACAACAAACACUAGACACACUCCCAGAUACAACACGGUUAGACGCAGUCCUAGUUGUAUAGAUAUUUAAUUGGAGAGAUACUUUUAGCCCUACACUACACUACUAAAUAUAUUGGUAAUAAGUUGAAAAAGAAAGCUAAAGCUAAAGCAGCAGCACCGCACCACCAACUACUACGUAAGUCAGCCCGUGUUUUAGUUUGAUUCAGUGUUUUGUUUUAGUUAAUGUGCUAGGACAUUUUGGAUGCCAUCGACAAGGCGGCGUCCAGUCGAGAAACCACAAAACUUAUGCCCACCUCAGCCACCAAGAAAAUGAAAAAAGGAUAAAAGGAAGAAUAGUGAGAUAUAAAGUCAAAGCACGGAGUAGGAUCGAACGAACCGCUUAAAUAUAGAGAGAGCCCCCUUUAAAAAAAAAAAACAAAACUGUAAUAGUCAGACUUCCGAUCACAACUAACACUAUUGAAUCGUAAUGAACCCUGGAAGGCAAACGCGUAACAUAAUAGUAGAAGUCCUUAAGUAAGGCGGAAGGAUAGCGAGAGUAAAACACAUUAAAAUGUAAUUUAUAUUACCUCCUUAGCAAAAAUCAAUAACAAAUAACAUAAAAAAAACGAUUAAUAAAUAAAUAACAAUGUUUUUUUAAUACAUAUUAAAAUUAUAAUGAUAAACCAGAGACGGUUUAAAGAACAGGAAUAUGUAUGUUUAAAUCAAAUAAUCAAUUUAUAAACAAUUAAAAGCAGUUUUUGUUUAGUUCAUAAUUUGUACUCAAAAAAAACGGAAAAACAAUUCAAACCACAACCAAUUACUUUACUUGAAAUAUUUGCGCGCUUUUUUAAAUCAACCACAAGAACUAUUAUUUGAUUAGUGGUUUUUUAAUUUGAUGAACUUCAGUUACUGGAACAUGCCAAAUCUUUCGUUGUGUAGCCACAGUAAAAUGUUUAAACUUUAUCCAAAAUUCUUAAAACCAAUUUUUGAAAGCUCCGUCCGAGCUCUCUCAGAUCAUCUGAUGACGAAAUGUACAAAUUGGUGAAGUUUAGGCACUUUCUCAACCGCGAUCCCAAUUUCCAAAUACAAUAAAACUAUUGAAACAGCGCAGCAAAUAUUUCCCCCGAAAAAUAAAAAAAAAGAAACAAUCCAUGAACCUUACUCUUAAAUACCAAACCCCAACCCACCCCAUAAAUUUUAUAGAAUGAUUUUUUAUUGCUAUCCCGAAUGUAAUUUUUGUUUAAUUAAAUAUAAACACUUAGCACACUUUUGUUUUAUGCCUAAUUCGUAAUGUGUAAUAUAUACUUUGUACCUUUUUAUGUUAUACACAACGUACCCCAACGUGCUCCUCCCCCCCCCAAGAAGGAAUCCAUCCUCGCCCAGUGUUGCACCCUCCCCCUCCCACUCGACACCUCGGCUCCUCCACUCCUACACACACAUUUUGGCAAUUCAACUUGAAUGUCUACUUUUAAUGUAAUUUAGUUGAAUAUUUUAGUUGAUUUUUAUUAUUAUUAUUAUUCGUACUUUGUUCACUGCUACGUGAGCGAAAACUAAAUAAAUUUAAUUGUAUUUCAAUAAAAAAAACAAAACAACAACAACAAAAAAAAAAACACAAAAAACGACAAAAAUUAAAUUACUUUCUGCUAUUAUUAUUACUACAAUUAAUAUUGAAUUUUUGUUGAAUUUUCAAAUGAUUAAAUGAAAUAUUUUUAAUAAUUUGUUUUGGUCUUUUUUAUUUAUCCCCCCAUUUAUAUGAUUUAAAUGUUAGACUUUAUUUUUGGUAUUUGGUAUCAUUUUUCAGUUCCCAAUGCAGUUGCAAGUUUCAGUUCCCAAUGCAUAAACGCAAUUAAAAAUGGAUAAAAUAAAUGCCGGACGAUGAACUGCCGACUAGAAAUGACAAAAACAGCAGAAACCUUUACCGAAAUGUAUUGCUUAGCAUUUGGUAGGAAACAUAAACUUUGGUUCCCGAUUCCUCCGAUUGCGACUUAGUUUAGCAGCUACCUCAGUUAGUCACAUCUAAUAGACAACAAGUACAUACUUAACAAUUACUCGACGUAGGAACAUGUUAAUCGCAUCUUAAAUCGAUAGCUUAGAGUCCCCCGACCCCCGGGUAGCAUCUCAUUCGAUGGCAAGCCCCCGAUAAGCCCCAAAAAUUCUUUAAUUCUUACUUUUUUGUUAUUCUUUAGCAUACUUGCUUACUGAGUUACCUGUGACCCUGUCCCUUAGAUCUCCCCCUCAAAAAAACAAAAAAAAAAAACAAAAUCGUUUAAACCAAUGCACUAAAUCAAUUUCUUAGUUGAAUUUUGAGUUGAAAGCGCAGAAAAGCUGAGGAGUUGGUUAAUCCAAAAGAUAAAAUAUGGCGGAGAGUGACGAAGAAUGUUGUAGUAGAAUUUUUGUUCACGUUUGUUCUCGUUAAGUUGAAGAUUUCAUGCCAAAGUACAAACCUUAAAUCAAUUCUUCGUGAUUCUCGUGAUUGCGAAAAAACCCAUCCUGAACCCCUCAACCCCAAAUUCCCACUCAAUUUUUUAUUAUUAUUUGAUUAUUUUGCUUGAUCCCCCCCCUCCCUAAAAAAUGGGCUGCACUUGUUUAGACUAUAAGUGUAUUUAACUAGGAUAGGAUAUAUCUUCGUAAUUCGAAUUGGAAACUCCCCAUGAUGAUGAAAACAUUAUUUUCGUUUGGCAUUUUGCACAGGUUUUGCUAGAAACGAAUUUGGUUUACAUUUACGAUCAUAUUACAUUCGUAUUCGUAUUGGUAUCGUAUUGUAUUGAUAUUGUAUUGGAAUUAUCUCUAGAGUACGUAGCAUUAAGCAGCAGUGAGUGGAUCAUACCGCUGGUUAAGUGGACCAACUCACCGGAAGGAUCCAUUAUUACUAGGCAUUGGCCGUAUAUAUAAAUAUACCGAGUAUGGCCAAAAGAUAGCUGGAGUGUUGAGCAAGCAAUACGAGAGAAGGCCCCAUAAGGCAGCCACCACUGCGGAAGCCCCAACUCGCACCAUCCCACAAAAAAACUCAUUUCCUCUGGGCUUUUUUGAUUUAGCUAAUAGUUACACACACCUAUAUUAUAGAGAGCUAUAGAACUACACGAUCACAACACUACACUACUUUAAAUACAUAUAUCUUUUUUGAGGCGCACUCGUGCUGAUGGAGUAUGAAUUGUCGAACAAUCGUUGCCAUUUAUUUCGCUAUAAGUCGUAUCUAUGUGUUGUACUUAGGUUUUAGCAGUGCCCAGUUCGUUUUAACUUGUAAUCCUCGAUGUUGUGUUUUGUUCUCUGUAGGAUCAUAUAUUAUUACCUUAGACUAUACAUAGUAGCAUAAGCUUCAGAAAAAAAAAAACAAAGAGAAAAAAUAGAGUUUAGCAAUAGCGAUAGAGACAACUGUAGGACUGAUCCUGUGCGUGUGUGUGGCGAUAUUGAAAUUGUGAUCGGAAUUAUGAUGGUAUCCAAGACUGACUGACUCAAAUCUGAUGAUGAAAAUUAUCUCCAUAACGUAAUGAGCGUGAUCCGUAGGAGAAUAAGUACUACAUAUAUAUAGAAAAGAGAAGACGAAGAUAUAACGAACAUCCAAGCAAUUCAGGUAUGCUAACUAAUCAAGAAUUCAAGGACUUCCAGCAAACACAGAGACUAACUACGAAGCAACAAAAAGCAAACAGAACUUUCUACCUCAUUGUUGAAACGUUUGUAGCCGAGAGUGUGGCUCUUUAGCACCCGACAAUACCUCAGAUGCAGAACCAAAAACCAAAAAAAAAUCUUAAUAAAAAUCGAAAACGAUCGGAUGGUAUAGAAUUGAGAAAAAAGGAAAGGAGAAAGAUAGAAGAGAUGAAGGACUUUCAGUGUAAAAAUUUGAAUACGUAUUACGUAUAGUUAAUAUAUAGAAUUCAAAUGGUCAUCACAUCAUUCCAUGUCACGUCAUUUCAUCUCCAGUCAUGUCAGUCAUCCACACAGAUACUCUUUCCAACUCACACUCACACACACACGAACUCAGAAAGAUACUCUCAGGACCCCUACUACUCGAAUCAUCGCAUUCCAUUCUAGAGUAAGUCACGCGCAAGAAGACAACACCAAGUCGAACCAAAUCAAAUCAUUCCAUUCGAAUAUUCGAAUCGAGUCGGACUCAUUCCGCACUCAUUUAGUCUAAGCUAACCCGAUUCGAGUAAUCACUCAGUCACUCACUCCCAGGACAGCCACAAAAUAGUUGAUAAGCAAACAAUUGGCAAUUGGCAUACAUUAAUUACACUUAGGUUGAGAUCAGGAUACAAUCAUUUUGCACUCAUUUUAUUUUGCAUUUUGGAUUCACUUGAUUUCCGAUUGAAAAGAGCUCCCCGAUAUGUGAUAUUUAAUUGGUAAUUGCUAAAAUCGAAAUUGAAUUUGAAAAUGAAAUUGAAAUUGAAAUUGAUAAGGAAAAGCAGAAAGGAAACUCAACAUCUGUGAGCAUUGGCUUUUAGCACUUAAGUUCGAAAGAGAAUUAAGGUUAAUAAUUGUAUACUUGUAUUUAGAUUCGGAUUCGGAUUCGGAACACCAACUGUGAGAGCAUUCAAGAUGAUCUGAAAUCAAAUGAAAUUUAAGAAAAAUGAUAUGUGGUAUAUUUUUUUGGCUUGAAAUUUGUAAAAUUCACAUAAAAAGGCAUCGAACCGGUUCGAUCGAUCUAUUUUGGAUAUUGUACUUCAGUAAGCUUAGGUUUAGUUGUUCCAAAAUACUUGAGUCUGCAUCACAGCAUCUGCUAGGAAACAAUCAUGCACUUUCAAAUCGAAUAAAACUCAUAACUGUGACAAAAUUUACACAAUCCAGCAUUCGACAACCCAAACAAAAAAAAACAAUUCCCCUAAGUUCAACAAAAUUAAUAAAAACAAAAAAAAAAAAGUAAAAUAUA